UUCAGCCUAGGUUCUUUGGCACGUCCCCUAGAUUCCAAGGGAAGUUCUUGCUCCACCUCUUGAUCUUUAUUUUCCUUUGACGUAACCCUGGUAGUAAUUGCAAAAAGGCAGGACAUUUAUUUACGAAGUCAGAUCUGGCAAACCAAGCUAGGAAGUAUCUUCCCGAAUUGAGCAGCUCUUCAGAUCUUCUUGUUCCUGCGGGUCGCGAAGAGAUUUUUGGCUAACUUAAGUCAACUGGAUCCUUACCCUGCUUGCCGGCCUAACUCCAAAGGUUGGAAACGCUGUGAAGACACCAAUUCCUUGGAAGAAAAGAAUGGGGAAAUAGUAUACCAAGGCAGGAUUUAAACUUAUUCUGUGGAAAGGCAGAACUGGAAGGCACAGGAUCUGUAUCAUGCUGGUAAUGAGUUACAAGGAGAGAGAUUGCUUGGCUACCUGAGAUGCAGUUACUUGCCUUGGUGCUGUUCCUAACUCACCUGAUUUCUGCCUGUUUCCCCCUUGCAACCUCGCUGAACUCUGUCAGUUGCUCACCGGGCCUGGGCUGUCAGCUAAAAAAGAAGGACGUUCUAUGUAUACUUGGUGAAGCCAGACCAGAUCCAGAACUAGAUCCAAUCCUAAGGCUGGUUCAGAUGAACCCAAGGAGCACUCUUUGGUGCCCGGAGGAGGGAGACUGCAUUCCCUGCGUGCAAGUGAUGUUGACUCUUGGAUUGCUGGAGCCACCUGCGUUGGGUGCAAAACAAGAUGGAGGAGCCAACAAGAACAGAGAGCAGCCCAAGGGACACCCUAAGAAAAUCCCACGAACACAUAUUUUGCUCAUGGCCAAGACAUAUUCUUCUUCUCGUUGUGUUGAAGUGGAGGUUUGGCUUCCCUACGAUUGGGAAAGUCAAAAUAAUUCCUUGGGGUCUCUGCAAUACAACUGCUUCCCAGUAGCUCUCAGUGGGGAGCUGCACCUCACAGUCUUCAUGUGGCCUCGCUAUCAUUCUGCAGGUGUGUUACAAGUCAUGCACCAUGGACCAGACUGCACCUGGCCCAAAGCCACAGAUGCCAUUCACCUGUGUCAAGUGCCAAGUCUAUCCAUUUCUGUGGGGCUGCAGUCGGCAAUUCUACAUGUGGAAAACAUCCCUAAGGGACAGCAUUUCCAACUGUGGCGGUAUCUGAACCGGACGGAUGGAUUUAAAGGUCUAGAUCAGGAGACUCCUAGGUUGCUGACUGGAUCGGAGAAUGUGAGUUUACCAAUCUCGCAGGUGUUUCCUUGUCUCUGCUUUCAGGUCUGGCCCAAGAUUGAAGACCAAGCGGACGCACCUCGAACUCAUUUCUGUCCUUUUGGAAAUGACCCAGCAGCUUUGGCCAGGACCUGGACACAUAGCCGCUUGGAAGUUUACACUUCGGGUGGGAGUUUCAGCUGCUUGGUUUCUGCUCCGUGUGACCUUCAGGGAGAGCUGGUUCCCUGCUGGCGGAUGGAAGAGCUUGCCUGCCAACCUCUGCAUCCCCAUCUGCAUCUGGUCCUCAUUCCACAUGAACCACAGGAGUUCCCAAGGCUGCGACCUCAUCCUAACCUCUGUGUGCAGGUAAGAAGGAAUGGAAGUAUCUACCUCCAAAGCUGCCUGCAGGAUGAUGUCACAGGAAGUCAGAAAUACUUGUUGUUUCAGGAGAUUCGGGAUUCCCAGGGGAAUUCUUUCGUUCAAAUUAUGGAGCAAGGCACCUGGAUCUCCACUGCUCAAGUCUUCAAUACAAAAAGAAGAACAUUGGAGGAAGCCCUGAGGAACAGUAUGCAGUUAGGGAAGUGCAUGCAGGUGUGGCAAGAAGAAGGGACCAAUGCUACUAGAGUCUGGGCAUGUUCAGUGGAGCAUUAUCCCCGGACCUACCGGGUGCUGAUCUGGUUGGUCACUCUCCUAGGUAGCUGCUCUAUUCUGCUCAUGCUCCUGUUCAAGAAAGAAGCAGUAAAAGGCUGGUUCAAGAUCCUGAAAGAAGAUUACAGUUCCAGAGGAAUGCUUCAGGGACGACAGGUCCUCAUUCUCUAUUCUCCAGAUCAUGAAGGCUAUGAGCGUGUGGUGGGCAUCCUGGCUGAUGCUCUGACUCAGCUGCAAGUAUCUGUAUCCCUGGAGUUGUGGAGCCGUGGGGAGUUGGGGUCUCUGGGGCCCAUGCAGUGGUUCCAUGCCCAGCGACGCUUGGUACUCCAAGAAGGCGGAGUUAUUGUGCUGCUGUUUUCCCAUGGUGCCGUGGCCAGUUGUGCAGAAUGGCUGGGCUGGAAACAGAGCUUCCCUCGGUCCACCUUCAAACCAGACAGCACAUUCUUGGCUUCCCUCAACUGCGUCCUGCCUGAUUUCCUGGCUGGUGAGACCAGGGCCACAUACAUUGUCGGCUGCUUUGAGGAGCUUCUUCCAGUCAACGAGAUCCCUGACCUCUUCCAUUCAGUGCCUGUCUAUCCUCUGCCCUCUCAGCUCUUUAGAUUCCUGCUGGCCUUGGCCGGCCCCAGGGUAGGACACAAAGAGAAGAACAGCCUCCGGAGGCAUGCAGAGUGUAUCCACAAGAGCCUAGAACGGGCAGUGCACGAAUGCCAGCAAAAGUACCCCAGCUAGUAGAACCUGUAAUUGCUGCUUUCUCAGCAGGGGGAUAAACAGAGUAAAUGCAUCCUUGAGGAAUAAGACUUUCAGAAGUGAGCUGGUAAAAGUGCAUCUGAAUGUACUGACGUAUAGUUUUCCAACAAGUGACCAGUCUGUUCCUGUAACAUGGAAAGAGGCCUGUGAUGCUGUAACAAGACUGAAUCAUGGAUAGGAACUUGUUCUGCAUAGCGGUUCAGGUGAUAAGGUACCUGUUUAAGUGGCUGGUGGAGGUAAGGAGCUUGCCAUCAUAUUACUAAAGGGUAACCAGCCAAUAAUAUGAAGGGAGAUCAUCAGUAGAUUCAGACUGGAGGAUCUCCAAAGGUGUGGGCCUCUUACCUUCAUGCCAUUUUUUGGAGCUCCCUUGAGGCAACUGCUUGGCCAGCAAAAUGCAAUAAUGGUAAAAACUAGAAAUACUCAAAUUAGAGUGGUACAGGGCACUUCAUGAAAUUAGCUGUUCAGAGCAUCAAGGGAGCCAUGUCCUGUGAAGCCUCAGCAUGGCUUGGUUUUGAUGGAAGUGUCUUCAGGGUAUGCGCUUGUAUCUCAGAAGGUUAGGAAAAGAUCUCAGAAUGGUGACACUGAACUUUGGACUGAUACAGCUACCUCAAGCAAGUUUGGAAGGAAGGAUGUGUUUGUUGGUUUCCAGAAGUUUCCUUCGGAUGGUUCGCACAGCCUUUAUUUAAAAAUGAAAAGGGCUUUAUAUGCAUUCUCUGCCUUUUAUCAGGAUGUCAUCCACACAUCCUGCUUGCCAUAAUGUCUGCAUUACUAAAUGUUUUUGAGAGACCUCUGCCACAGACUACUGAGGUGAGGUGGCCUAGAAUCAUUUUUGGUUGUUCCAGUUUGGAAGUGGUGUUUCCCUUCUUCUGCUGACACAGAACUUUCCAUGAGGACAAUUUAGGAUGUAUCAGGGAAGAGGUUAGAGAUGAUGAGUCAAUGAGAGUGAUUUGCUCAGCUCCAGCUGUCUUGGCAAAUUGGCUCCUUCCCUGCCCAAUAACUGGGCCCUGUACUUCUACUGUACUGGCCAUUCUGUCUUUGAUUGGAGGACAGGCUGGACACUUGGUUUCUGUGGGGAAAGUUUUAUUUUAUUUAUUUUGUGGAUGUUAUUGUUUUAAAGUCUUUUCAAUUGUUCUAACUGUCUUGGAAUUUUAGAAUUGUAAGCCACCCAGAGUCACUUGGUUGAGUUGGGCGGCUAUAGAAAUUUAAUAAAACAAUCAAACAAAAUUUCCCUCAAGAGGGAGAAAGGAAAGCAAGUCCCAGAGGCACAACAGCACUGAGAAUUCCCUGGUUUCUGGCUUCGUAUUUCAAAUUAGCUCUUUUGCUCAUUUAAGCAGACUUUUCAGUGAAGAGGGAGAAUUGACACAGGUAUCUUGAUCCUCUGUUUCUUUGACAGAUGUUCUACAGUAGCCCUUGACCUACAAACAUUCAUUUAAUGGCUGUUUGAAGUUGCAAUGGCAACUGAAAAAAGUGACUUUUGAUUGUUUUUCACACAACCAUUGCAGCAUUCCCAUGGUCACAUAAUCAACAUUCGGGUGCUUGGCAACUGGCUCGUAUUUAUGAUGGUUGCAGUGUCCUGAUCACCUUUUGUGACCUUCUGACAAGCAAAGUCAACGGGAAAGCCAGAUAUAUUUAACAACCAUAUUACUAACUUAACAACUGCAGUGAUUCACUUAACAACUGUGGCAAGAAAAGUCAUAAAAUGGGGCAAAAUUAACUUAGCAACUGUCUCGCUUAGCAACAGAAAUUUUGGGCUCAAUUGUGGUCGUAUGUCAAGGACUACCUGUACUUUCUUCUAUUGCCCUUUACAGAUGAAUGACCCUAUGAAACACAUUAAUAACACUGCCAUCUAGAGCCAAAGGGCCUCUGGUGGCUCAGGCUGGUAAGACAAUCUGUUAUAAACACAGCUGCCUGCAAUUACUGCAGGUUCAAGUCCCACCAGGCCCCAGGUUGACUCAGCCUUCCAUCCUUUAUAAGGUAGGUAAAAUGAGGACCCAGAUUGUUGGGGGCAAUUAAGUUGACAUUGUAUAUAAUAUACAAAUGGAUGAAGACUAUUGCUUGACAUAGUGUAAGCCGCCCUGAGUCUCCGGAGAAGGGCGGGAUAUAAAUGCAAAUAAAUAAAUAAAUAAAAAUUCCUGGAGAUGCAGACAAUUGAUUCAAGAGGACAAUACUGUAGUCCACUCAGAGGAAACAUACUACAAAUAAGAACAAUCAGUACUAAAUACAUAAAUUGUCAAAGGGUAACUUAUUGAUAUCAAAGAUACUCUCAUAAAACGACAGGCGAGAUGGUGUGGAUAGUCACAAAACACUUGUUUAUGACAAAUUGGUAAGCUUGCUGCCAUCUUUGUAGCUUUCCUGGGUGCUCUACAGUUUUCUCCUCUUAAUCCAGGGCCUCUGGUGGCUCAGACUGCUGAGACAGUCUGUUAUUAACACAGCUGCUUGCAAUUACUGCAGGUUCAAGUCCCACCAGGCCCAAGGUUGACUCAGCCUUCCAUCCUUUAUAAGGUAGGUAAAAUGAGGACCCAGAUUGUUGGGGGCAAUUAAGUUGACAUUGUAUAUAAUAUACAAAUGGAUGAAGACUAUUGCUUGACAUAGUGUAAGCCGCCCUGAGUCUCCGGAGAAGGGCGGGAUAUAAAUGCAAAUAAAUAAAUAAAUAAAAAUUCCUGGAGAUGCAGACAAUUGAUUCAAGAGGACAAUACUGUAGUCCACUCAGAGGAAACAUACUACAAAUAAGAACAAUCAGUACUAAAUACAUAAAUUGUCAAAGGGUAACUUAUUGAUAUCAAAGAUACUCUCAUAAAGCGACAGGCGAGAUGGUGUGGAUAGUCACAAAACACUUGUUUAUGACAAAUUGGUAAGCUUGCUGCCAUCUUUGUAGCUUUCCUGGGUGCUCUACAGUUUUCUCCUCUUAAUCCAGGGCCUCUGGUGGCUCAGACUGCUGAGACAGUCUGUUAUUAACACAGCUGCUUGCAAUUACUGCAGGUUCAAGUCCCACCAGGCCCAAGGUUGACUCAGCCUUCCAUCCUUUAUAAGGUAGGUAAAAUGAGGACCCAGAUUGUUGGGGGCAAUUAAGUUGACAUUGUAUAUAAUAUACAAAUGGAUGAAGACUAUUGCUUGACAUAGUG